GCGUAGCGUAGUCCAAAGCAACCCUGCUGCUGUCAAAUUCGAGCAGCCAACUUCCGCCGCUGACAUCCAUUCCUUUACCUUUUGACAGGCAGACGCAAAGGCUGGUCUUUUUAGCGACCCGCUCGAAUCUGCUUUUUUCGGUAGCAUCUUAAACUAAAACUGCGCAACAAUGGUUGUUAAGAAGCCCAGGCCAAAGAAGAAGCCAGUGACCAAGAAGGUUGCUCCAGCUCCCCUGGCUGUGAAGAAGCCAGUGGUCAAGAAGGUCGUCAACCAGCUCUUCGAGAAGCGUCCCAAGAACUUCGGAAUCGGCCAGAAUGUGCAGCCCAAGCGCGAUCUGUCCCGUUUCGUUCGCUGGCCGAAGUACAUUCGCGUCCAGCGCCAGAAGGCCGUGCUCCAGAAGCGUCUGAAGGUGCCGCCACCAAUCCACCAGUUCAGCCAGACCCUGGACAAGACCACCGCCGUUAAGCUGUUCAAGCUGCUCGAGAAGUACCGUCCCGAGUCGCCGCUGGCCAAGAAGCAGCGCUUGAAGAAGAUCGCCGAGGCCAAGGCCAAGGGCAAGGAUGUUGAGCCCAAGAAGAAGCCCAGCUAUGUCUCCGCCGGCACCAACACCGUCACCAAGCUCAUCGAGCAGAAGAAGGCCCAGCUGGUGGUCAUCGCCCACGAUGUUGAUCCCCUCGAGCUGGUCCUCUUCCUGCCCGCCCUCUGCCGCAAGAUGGGCGUGCCCUACUGCAUCGUUAAGGGCAAGGCACGUCUGGGUCGUCUGGUCCGCCGCAAGACCUGCACCACCCUGGCCCUCACCACCGUCGACAACAACGACAAGGCCAACUUCGGCAAGCUUCUGGAGGCCGUCAAGACCAACUUCAAUGAGCGCCACGAGGAGAUCCGUCGUCACUGGGGCGGUGGCAUCCUCGGCUCCAAGUCCCUGGCCCGCAUCUCCAAGCUGGAGCGCGCCAAGGCCCGCGAGCUGGCCCAGAAGCAGGGUUAAGCUUAGAAGCUAAAGCUAUAAGGUCGUCACUUUUUAGUACACAUGGAUGAUAUGAUUAGGGCGGCGGCGGCGGCGGCGGUGGCUAGUGUGGGAUGGUGCUCCUCCGGGCAUCGCUCCUCCUCCUCCUCCUCCACCGCCACCGUCCUCUGAGUUAAUAACAAAUAAACAUUUAAGUGUACAAUUUUUUUUUGUUUUUUUUUCUCCGUGUCUGUGAGUGCUGGACGAUCCUGGACGAGUCUGGAUCGGCGUUCAAUAAAUCUAUAUCUUAAGAUACAUCCUUCCACGCAA